AGAGCAGCCGCAGAACCUCAAAUUGUUCUCUCACUGCAAAUAUGGAUGGGUAUGUGGAAAUGAACCAAAACUCCAAAAUCUAUGUUAGUCUGUGGGACUUUCAGAGCUCAGCACCACAGGAGAUGAGCUUCAAGGCCGGCGAUCGUUUCCACGUGCUGAAGAAGACUGGAGAUUGGUGGAGCGCAGUGAAGCUGGACGCACAAGGCCGCAGAGUUGGCAAAAAGGGGUACGUGCCACACAACUAUGUGGCAGAAGAAGGGACGGAGGAACAACAGCCGUGGUUUUUUGGUGACUUGUCCCGCACAGAGGCCGUGAAUCUGCUGAUGAAAGAAGGGAACCAGACUGGGUCUUUUCUAGUCCGAAUUAGCGAUAAGAAUGAAUUCUUCUAUGCCCUUUCAGUUCGGAGUCAGGACGCCGUUAAACACUUCAGAAUCCUACAGAACAACCAGGAAGAGUAUUAUCUGAACUGUGUGACUACCUUUCCUGCAUUGCAUCAGCUGAUAUCAGCGUAUCAUGCAAAGCCUGUGUCACAGGGCCUAAAACUCACUGCUCCAUGUGUGAAGCACGAGCCCCAGGUGACUGAUCUGAGCCUCGUGCCCCUGGACGAGUGGGAGAGGCCGAAAGAGGAGUUUGCUUUGGGCAGGAGGCUCGGUAUGGGGAACUUUUCCGAGGUAUACGAAGGUUGCUGGAAUGGACGCAUCAAGGUGGCCAUCAAAACCAUCAAACAAGGUGUGACCAACAGAGAAAUCUUUAUGAAAGAGACAAGCUUUUUAAAGACAUUGCACCAUCGUAACUUGCUGUCCCUGUAUGCCGUCUGCUCUGUCGGAGACCCUUACUACAUUAUAACGGAGCUCUUACCAAGAGGAGACUUGCUCAACUACCUUCGAGGCCUUGAACACGACCAGGCAAGUAUUGAUGGCUUCCUCGAUAUUGCCAUGCAAGUUGCGGAUGGGAUGCGGUACCUGGAGGCAAAUAACUGCAUCCACAGAGAUCUUGCUGCCCGAAACAUUCUGAUGUCACAGAACAAUAUCUGCAAGAUCGCGGACUUUGGAAUGGCCAGGAUCAUUAAGGACGAAUUGUAUGUAUCCUUAUCAAAGGAGAUCCCUUACAAAUGGACUGCCCCCGAAGCCUUAGCUUUCGGUCGUUACACCACCAAAUCGGAUGUCUGGUCUUUUGGCAUUCUGCUGCACGAGAUCAUGUCUCUGGGGAUGGUGCCCUAUCCAGAGAUUCCUACCGGACAGAUGCUUCAGUACCUCAAAAAAGGCUACAGGAUGAAAGCCCCAGAAAACUGCUCGAAGAAGAUCUAUAGCAUCAUGUUGGAGUGCUGGAGUGAGAACCCACACAAAAGGCCAACCUUUGACGAACUUAAGACAAAACUUGAGAAUUCGGCCAACUAUGAGUUAACAGAGGUCUCUCCCAAACAGUCCAAGCUUAAAGGUAUAUUCAACAUAGGAAUGAAAUGAGGACUUAUGUAGGGGAGCUCGCAGGGGUCAACAUUUCAAAGAAUAGAGCAACGUAUGGACAAAGAUUAAGAGAGCAUUGAGUGGGACCUCCGGAGACUGUGGAACAUCUAACUGAAUCCACAGAGAUCAGUGAAUCAUUCCAUCGAAGCCAUAGAGAGCGGAAGAACUUGCGACAGGAGCCGCAGAUAUCAAGGAAUUAUUCCAUAAUAGUCUCAAAUAUCCAAAAACAUGAAGAGACACACCAGGUCCUUAGAUAAAAGAAAAAGAUCAUGAUAGAAAAUGCCAAUUACACGGAGCUCAGAUCAUCAUGGAACAGAGUUCGGCACAAGAAGUGGCCAUGGGCCAUGUGACUGCUCCCUAGACCAAAGCACUAUGUGACUGCUCCCUGGACCAAAGCAUGAUGUGACUGCUCAAUAGACCAAAGCACCAUGUGACUGCUCCCUGGACCAAAGCAUGAUGUGACUGCUCAAUAGACCAAAGCACCAUGUGACUGCUCCCUGGACCAAAGCACUAUGUGACUGCUUCCUGGACCAAAGCAUGAUGUGACUGCUCCCUGAACCAAAGCAUGACAUGACUGCUCCUUGGUCCAGAGCGUCAUGUGACUGCUACCUGGACCGAAGCACAAUCUGACUGCUCCCUGUAAUAAAGCACCAUGUAACUGCUCCCUGGUAAAGCACACCAUGUGACUGCUCUUGAGUCUAGAGGACCCUGAGAAUGGUCUCUUGUCCAGUGCGCCAUUUUGGUGUAGCCCAAUCCAGAGAUCCUGAUCCCAAGAAUCACGAGACUUGUCACUGUGGAAGUUUGCACAGUAUAAUAGACACAGUCUAGAAACAUAAAAUAUUUCUUCUCACCUCGUUUUUUAUUUUUUUAUUUUUUUAUUACGAUCCACUUAAUUGUUUUCAUUCUUAAUUUAUCAGAACAGUAUUACCACUCUAUAGCCUAAUGCAACAUGGCCCUAUGCUGCUACCAGAGCCUUACCAAAUAUACAGAUAUUAUUCAAUAGGGUAACUUAUUUAAGAAUGAUUUUAUUUUACUGAAAGUAUUCCAAUUAAACCCUGAUUAAAGCACAUUUAAAUAAAACUGAUUACUUGAUAGCAACUGACCGCGAGGCAAUGCAACGGCAGUUAGAUUACACACAUCCCCUAAUGCUGUGUGCAUGCGCAGGAUGCAAUUUACAUCUUAUGUAUUUCGAUAUUGUGGUAUUAGGAACAAAAUACACAAUUCUCAUGUCUGCUACAA